AUGUUCUCGAAAUUUGUUGUUCUUUUUGUUGGUAUAGUUACAAGAGCUGUGGAGCUAACUACUAAUUGUAGGGAAAGAAGUAAUCAUUUGCGUCAAGAUGGUGGACUUUGUUUUGAGAUACCGCCUUGGCAGCUCAAGCCUGUCGAAGUGGAGCAGCAUCUCAAUAGGAUAAAGGGUACUCUGGGAAAUUCAUCUGAAAGGCGGCAAACUGAAAACUUUCGCGUAUCAUUACUAAACCGUGAAGUGAAUAGAUACGUUGAUACUGUAAUAUCACCAUUUCUAGACACAUACCAUAGAAAUAUUCAGAAUUCUUACCAACAACUAACAAACAAAAUACUAAAGAGAAUCAAGGAUGAAAUUAACGCUGCAUUGAAACGGAAACAGAAAAUCUAUACAGAACUUUCCCAGCUAGCAGAAUCUUUGAAGGUUCCAGCAAUGUGCAAUGAAGAACGAAGAUCAGCCAAAAAUAUAGCUAGCAGACAUGUUUCCCUAAUUUACAAAUGCACGGAACAAGCACGAAAUUCUAUUGUGAAAAUGGGUAAAUAUGCAGAAGAAAUGAUCAGUAUCACUCGAAGACAUAUGAAAAACGCAAUGAUUCAAGUAGCAAAGAAGAUGCCUGAUCCAAACCCAUAUAUGACCCAAAAAACAAAUGUGACAACUUGCCUGAAGGAGCUAUCUAGAGCAGCAGUGUCUUUAGGGUACGAAUUAGAUCUAAGUCUUUCCAACGCUCGUCGUCACAACGAGCAGUCCUGUGAGAAACUCGUCCACUGUAGCUACAAAGCAAAAAAAAACACUGAUGAAGCUGUUAAUAUAUUACGUGAAUAUUUAUAUCAAUGUGUUUAUGCU